CCCUGAAAAUUUCAGUGAAAGAGAGAUGAACUGACCAAAAACGUUUGGGUUGGAGAAGAAGACUCAUCUCUCUGACUCUGUGCGUCUUCAAUCCAAUGCCACCAUGGAUUCAGAUUUUGUAUCAACAGUAGUCCCAAAGGCAGAAGAAGAAGACGGUCCUCUCACCUCAACCACCACUGCUCUUCUCUCCCAUUCUUCACCCUCUCCCUCUCCCACCAAGCCCGCCACCGCCCUCCUCUUCGUCUCUCUCCUCAUCUCCGCCGGCGCCGCCGUAGCCUUCGCCUUCCUCUUCUUCUCGUCGCCGCCAUCCCAUCCUCACCACCCUACUCGGACCACGGAUUCCGCUCGCCCGCUCUCCAAACUCCCUCACCCAGUCGUCCUGUUGAUUUCCUCCGACGGAUUCCGAUUCGGCUACCAGCACAAAACCCUAACCCCCAAUCUCCACCGCCUCAUCAAAAACGGCACUGAGGCCGACAACGGCCUGAUUCCGGUCUUCCCAACCCUAACUUUCCCAAACCACUACUCGAUCGUCACUGGUUUGUACCCUUCUUAUCACGGAAUCAUCAACAAUCAUUUCGUCGAUCCGGAAACCGGCGAUGCUUUCACGAUGAGAAGCCAUGAGCCAAAAUGGUGGCUCGGAGAGCCGCUGUGGGAAACCGUGGCUAAUCACGGCUUGAAAGCCGCAACCUACUUCUGGCCUGGCUCUGAGGUCCACAAAGGUUCCUGGACUUGCCCUAAAGAUUUUUGCCAGUUUUACAAUGGCUCUGUUCCUUUCGAAGAUCGUGUUGAUACAAUUUUGCAGUAUUUUGAUCUGCCAAUUGAUGAAAUUCCUGUGUUUAUGACCCUCUAUUUCGAGGAUCCUGAUCACCAGGGCCACCAGGUUGGGCCCGAUGAUCCUGAGAUUACAGAAGCAGUGGCUGAAAUUGACGCCAUGAUUGGGAGGUUGAUUCUAGGGUUAGAGACAAGAGGGGUUUUUGAAGAUGUUACUAUAAUCAUGGUGGGUGAUCAUGGAAUGGUGGGUACUUGUGAUGGAAAGUUGAUAUUUCUUGAUGAUUUAGCCCCAUGGAUUGAAAUUCCACACGACUGGGUUCAAUCCUAUACUCCAUUGCUAGCAAUUAGGCCUCCACCGGGCUUGGAUCCGGCGGAUGUUGUGGCAAAGAUGAACGAGGGAUUGGGUUCAGGGAAAGUAAAAAAUGGGGAGCAUUUGAAGGUUUAUCUGAAGGAGGAGCUGCCUGACCGGCUGCAUUACUCGGGCAAUUACAGAAUUCCCCCGAUAAUAGGAUUGGUCGAUGAAAGUUAUAAGAUCGAGCAGAAGAGAUCGAAUAGGAAAGAAUGCGGGGGAGCUCAUGGGUACGACAACGCCUUCUUCUCCAUGCGGACCAUCUUCAUCGGCCACGGUCCUCAGUUUGCUCGCGGCCGGAAGGUGCCAUCUUUUGAGAAUGUUGAGAUAUACAAUUUGGUGACCUCCAUUCUCAACAUACAAGGAGCCCCAAACAAUGGAACCGCCAAGUUUCCAGAGUUUGUUCUUCUGCCCAGAAACUGAAAUCCACCCGGUUACUGUUUGCAGGGCGGCGGGUUGGUGUUAGACUUGGAAGUCUGUUCAGGUUCGCGGGCAGCAGAUGCAAGUGCAUCUGAAUUGAAUGUAACUUUUGUGUACAUGUUUACUACAUGAAUGUGUGAUCAUUCACGUGCAGUCGUCAUGACAUGCUUUUGUUACUUGAGGAUCUCUUAUGGACUCAACACUGUUGAUAUUAACAUUUUCCAGAUUUUGGCCUGGCAAAGUUGUGCAACUAUUUUAGUUCAUUCAAUGUCAUCAGUUUUGGGUAUAACAUCUUUUUAGACACAUUUCAUGUGGAUACAUUGACACUUAAAAGAGUCAAAUCUCCAGUAUUUCUUUGUGUUAUGGUUAACUGAAUUUUUGUUCCAAUUAAAAGGAUUGGAUUUAAAGUAAUUC